AUGAGCCCCAUUCCUUCAGAGGGCACGACGAUUUAUUCACUGACUGAUGCCGAAAGGAUACCUUGUCAUUUCAGAAUUUUGCCCAUUCUUAGCGCGGAAAUUUGCGGUGAAACUGUGCCUUUGGCCGACUUCUACGUGACCACUUUGAGAGAGAGAAAGAAAAUCGGUCCUUUUUUAAAGAAAAUCCCGCUUAUACCGGCGGAUUUCGAUCACUUGAAGAGAGUCGAUAGGAUGGGACGAAUAUUAAUUCAGCCCGCCACCGCACCACUUUCUGAAGCUUUGCUCGAGAUAAUGGGACAAUUUGGAAUAACAGAGAAUGACUUACUUGUUGUGAAGGUACCGGCGCGAAAGCCUGCAACGCGACGACAGUUUGAUUGGGCAAAGAACUAUUGGUCUACUUCCUUUCAUCCGGCUAAGUACAUCGGCUUGCAGGACGGUGAAGAGCUAACUUCUGGAUCGUAUACGGAUCGUCUACUUGGUCAUCCUGUGAUGAAUAUGGUGCAAAAUCUGGCAAGGUGUCAGCGUCGCGAAGACGAUUAUCUGGCCACGGGAUGCGAUGUUUAUUUAAGAGACGAACCGUGUGCAAUGUGUGCCAUGGCAUUAGUGCACUGUCGAGCAGCUCAUGUUUUCUUCUGCAGAACAACGACAAAUGGAGUGUUAGCUCCAGGUAAAUGGCAACUGCAAUUUGAACCUGAGAUAAAUCAUCAUUACCUUGUGUUUCAUGUAAAGAGUGAAAAUGAAGACGAAGGAAAUCUGACACCCAAAUAUUUCACUGACAUGAAUCGUUCCAAAUUCGCAACAAACCUAGAGCUAGGCGUUUUGUGUUAG